CGAAAACUAAAUCCUCGCCAAGCAAGAAGAAAACAAAAGCGAAAAAGAAGAAGAAAAAAUCCUCCUCCACAACAAAUUUGAACGGCGACAACGAGGAUGCCGAAGGGGAGGAGGAGGACGUCGACGGAGGAAACGAGAACGGCGAGCAGUCCGGUGAGGAAGAGAACGAAAAUGAACCGGAUAACGACCCCGCGAACCCCGAAGAGGAACAAGAAGCGGAUGUUGAGGAAAAUGAUGAAGAUCUUCUAUCCCCUAAGAAGCCAAAAGUACCAAACCCGGACGAUCUCGACGAUCCCGACACGGCUGAACCAGACGAGGACGAUCUCGAUGAAGUUUUUCUAUUGGAAGAGGACAACUGCAUAGAAAAUGAAAACCUGUCCGACGAACAGAAGAAAAAAAUCCAUGGCAUAACUUCCGGGGAAGGAACCAGCUCCAGUGAAACGGAGUGCUUUACCAAUUCCGAUCAGGACCAAAACAAGGCUGCAAAAAGUAUAACGGGUAGUACUACGACGAGUCCGUCGAAAGAGAAGGAGCAAGGGUCUACUAGUUCCACAGUCGCUGGUACUUCUAGCCCAUCAAAGGAAAAGUCCGUGACAUUAAUGCCAACAAGUCCGAAGCGGAAUAAGGAAAGCAGCGCCAAAAACCACUCAGAACAUCAAGCAAACAUGGCCCUGCUGCACGCGAAUCGAAAUAUUAUUCCGAGCGACGGGUUGGAAAACGAAGUAUCCACUGCAAAUAUGUCUCGGUCUAAGGAAACUUGUAAUGCUAGUUUGUGAAUCAUGGGCGUGCAACUCGCUUGCGUAGCCACGCGUGACAAGUUUCUGGACACCUUUAUGCUUCGCUUUCCGCAUGGCAAGCUGCACUUUCGCAUGACAGGCAAACGGCUUUAUUUUUCGUCCUGCCCACGCAUUACAGAUUCAGCUGUCAUGUGAGACAAGCAUGACAAACUUGCACUCUUCCAGACUCAGACAUAUUUGCAACCCAUACGAAGCCAUCCCGGACGACAUCCGGCUUUUCGACUUUAUUCCCUGAAAAUUAACCAUCCCCAUCCAAUUUGUCAUGCAAAACAUGUAGCAAAGUGUGUGUUUGUCAUGCAAAAACUGGACGGGGAUGGUUAAUUUUCAGGGAAUAGACUUCUUAACCAUAGAGCGCGAACAGCAGUGGCUCGCGCAGCAGCGGGGGGAAACGAUCGCGAACACGAAGGCGUUAUGGAUUGCAAGUAUGUCUAGGUCUGGAAAGUUGUGAUGCUAGUUUGCGAAUCAGAAACAAUCCCCAAUUUGGGGAAGCACAUGACAAGUUUCUGAGCAGCUAGGUCUUGCGUAAACUGCAUGAGAAAGUCCGUUUUUGCAUUACAAAAAAAUGACGCGGUAGCGCAAUAUGCAUGACAGAUCUUUCUCUCCUGUCAGCAGAGCAUUACAGAUCUGGCAAUCUCCCAGACCCAGACAUUUUUGCAUUUGAUAGGCGUUUAUGACGGCGAAGGGACUGAGUAGCUCUUUGGCGCUGGGCUUGUUCCCGACGAAAAAAUCGCUGUUAUUGGCAAGUAGCAGUAAAACCUUGGAGAACUCGGCGGAAAAUGCAAACGAAAAAGAGCCAACCGAGAAUGCAGAUAACGGAACCAAACCAGCCACUACUACAGCAGUAGCAGAUAGUUCAUCCAAACCGCCUAAACCACUGCUAUCCCGCUCCUCCACUUUAGAAACCACGGCUUCCGGCACAACAAAUUCUGACCCACUGCAGGCGUUAUGAACUGCAAAAGUAUCGCACUCGUAUAAAUGCAUGACAAAUUCCCUCAGCAUGAGAAACGAAAUGCGUAAUGCGGAUUUACCUUGAGAAAGAAAUUUGUAAUGCAUGACUGCAACACGAGUUUGAUUCUUUUGCACAGGAUAGGCUUCAUCCUCCAGCAAAACGUCCGAAGAUAAGGACACGACGGCCCAAGAUACCCUGUGUAAAAACGUCCCCACCCCAUAGUUGUCAUGCAGACUUGUGAUUACAGGAAACUUUGUACUGCGCAUCUCCAUGAGAGGCAGUUCAGUCGCGUUUUGGAAUUUGUAAUGCUGUAAACAGGAUAAAGAGAUGGGUUUGUGAUGCGGUUACUCGUGCUAACAUGCACUACACUACGGACUGCAACUUUUCAUGCGUGGCUCCCAAAACUCUUUGAUUUGCGUUGCUAAGUUCCCAUCUUGACUCGGGUGGGGACGUUUUUACAUGGGAUACAAGAAGUGGACAAGAACAACAAGAAUCUGAUGCAAAACAUCUCCGUGGAGCAAUUAAUGAAAGAGAUUCAGGUCGAGUCGCAACAGCAAGCGGAGGCGAAGAAGCAGAAAAAGCGGGAAAAAGAUUUGCCCCCAGACCCAAGUGACGAGUUAGACGAGGGAAGUGAUUCGAACCCCUCGGGGGAUAACUUAUCUCCCGAAAAAUUAAGGAAAAUGCGGGAGAAGAUGGGCUCGCGCGGGGAGGGACGGAGCAACAGCAGCUCGCCCAACAAAAUUAAACGGACAUCAACUGGCAAUCGAGGGAACGGUAGUAGCAGCUUCAACCGCGGCGGGCAUUUUCACGGGAUCAUGCGGCACUAUCUGCAGGUCUAUCCCACGAAAAAAGAAAAACUGUUUCACUGUGAUGAUUUUGCAAUAUCUGCAUCACAAGUUUGUUACACAUGACACAGAAAAUUUGCCAUGCGCGCUUCCCAAGGGAAGACACGCUGAAAAAUCCAAUGUCUUGCAGGUGUAGCAAGACAAAUCGUUCUGUGCUCCAUUCUUUGCAUCACAAGUUCACAGUGAAACAGUUUUUUCUUGCGAUAAGGUCCGGAAUUUGUUCAAUGCGAAGGAAGAUUUGGCCUUGAGACAGCAGAAAAUGUCUUUACUAAACCGCAUCGUCGCGUUAUCCUGAGUAAAAAUGUCCCUACCCCAGAGGUGUCAUGCAGAUUUGCGAUGACAGGAAGACUUGUAAUGCGCAUCUCCAUGAGCAUGAGAGGCAUUACCAGUCGCGUUUGAAAAUUUGUAAUGUUGCAAACAGGAUAAGAAGAUGGAUUUGUGAUGCGGUUUUCCGUGCUAACAAUGCACUACACUACGGACUGCAACUUGUCAUCCGUGGCUCCCAAAACUUCUGGAUUUGUGUUGCUACGUCCCCAACUUGCCUCUGGUGUGGGGACGUUUUUACUCAGGAUACGCGUUCGGCCGAACCACCUACAUCGCGAAGAACAGCGGGGGGGCAGCACCGGUAUGGAUUGUAAAAAUGUCUGGGUCUGGAAGGUAGGUUGGAACUUGUCAUGCUAGCUUUCCAUACCUAUAAAAUCUGUAUUGCAUAACCAACAAAAGGCGCAGCCUCUUUUGUCAUGCAAAAACGCAGUUUCUCAUGCGGAUUGCCUAUGAGAAAGCGUUUUGGGAAGUUGGCAUGCCGGACUGCAUUCGGCAGUGUUUUCAUCGUGCACAUUUUAGCAUCACAAGUUUCCAGACCCAGACAUUUUUGCACUUGAUAACCGGGUGGAACAAACAACUCCCCGCUGACUGGCGUGCUCGGGACUUCUAUGGAUUGCAAAAGUGUCUGGGUCUGAAAGGUUGGAACUUGUGAUGCUAACUUUGGACUCUAAAAAAUUCUGUAUUGCAUGACCAGCAAGAGGAGUCCGAUUUGUGCUACGCGUGGAGGGCAUUUGUCAUACGGAAUAGGCAUCAGGAAGUCCUCUAAAAAUCUGUGAUGCUAGGGCUUCCAUGACGGACAUUCUGUGUCAUGCAAAAACAGCAUAACAAAUUUCGGAUUCUACUUCCAGACCCAGACAUCUUUGCAUUUCAUAGCUUCUGUGUCCAUGCCGUCUUUGUUGAGUCAAACGGGGGGUCCGUUUGGCGGAGCAGGAGGUUCCACGCACGGCGUCGAGGAGCUUGUGGAUUUUAUGCAUUGCAAAUAUGUCUGGGUCGUCUGGAAGAUUGUGAGAUUUCUCAUGCUAGUUUGGCAUGACUCUGAACUCUGUAUUGCGUGGCCACGAAGACCUUCUCUUGUCUGUCAUGCAAAAACGAUGUUUCUCAUGCGGAAUACGCAACACAGAGCCACGGGAAAAUCUGUCAUGCUUGGCGGUGCAUUAGCACGUGCGCUUCCUGUUCACUGACAUGCAUCACAAGUUUCCAGACCCAGACAUAAUUUUUGCACUUGAUAGGUUUAUUCAACGAACAUAACAUCACGGCGGAUGACCUUGCGCAGGCGGGGCGGGUGAACGGCGGCAGCAACAGUCCACUCUUACAAUCCAAAAUUAACAGCCUGAUUCAAUUAUGCAAUGCAAAAGCAUCGUAUUCUAGUGUGAAUUGCAUUACAAAUAGUUUCCUCAGCAUGACACACGCAGUUUGUAAUGCUGUUUUACCUUAAGAGGAAGAUUUGUCAUGCUUAUUUGCAAUUAGUACGAGUGCGAUGCUUUUGCAUAGGAUAUCAAUCCCACGAGCACCAGUCGUUGGCUGCUACCGCGGGGGACUUUUUCCGAAGGGACAAUAUUCUGGGUUAAAACGUCGCCACCCCAGAGUUGUCAUGCAGAUUUGCAUCCAGAGAAACAUUUGUGAUGCGGGACUCCAUGAGAGGCAUUUCUAGUUGUGUUCUGGAAUUUGUAAUGCUGGAAACGGGAUGAGCAGAUGGAUUUGUCGUGAUGCGGCUGUCUUUCUUGCGGACCGGCACUACACUACGCACUGCAUCUUGUCAUGCGUGGCUCCCAGAACUUCUAGAUUUGUGUUGCUAAGUUCCCACCUUGACUUCUGGGGCGGGUACGUUUUUAAACAGGAUAGACAACGGUACGGAUUUAUCCAAUGCGUUGGCCGGCGCAGCUGUGGUGGCAGAAGGAGCUGGUGUUGGUCUGAACAACAAUAAUCCCGGCACGACGGCGGCAGGAGGUCUUGCGAACGCUAGUAACUCCUCCCCGAUAAUCGUCCAGCCUGCAGCGGAGACUGGUUCGAGGUGGAAUUUUAUGAACUGCAAAAGUAUCGCACUCGUAUAAAUGCAUUACAAAUUUCCUCAGCGUGAGAAAUAAAAUUUGUAGUGCGGAUCGACCUUAGAAAGAAGAUUUGUAAUGCAUGACUGCAAUACGAGUGCGAUGCUUUUGCACACGAUAAAUUUGCCCCAGAUGGGAGGUGGAGCUAACGGAACGAGCAGAAGAUCAUCCUCCGGCGCGAUCAAAACCUCGAGCAAUUACGGCCAGAGUUAUCAAAUGCAAAUAUUCUGGGUCUGGAAACUUGUAAUGCUGGGUUGGGAAUAGCGAUAGUGAAUGCCCUGUAAUGCACAGCCAAGCAUGAGAAAUAUCUGCGCUGCUUAGUGUUGCGCUUUUCGCAUGAUAUGCACGACAAGCAAAGGAGUGUCUCUUCUUGGACACGCAUCGCAAAUCCUUCAGUCAUGCCAGACAAGCAUGACAAACCUUGCAUCCUUCCAGACCCAGACACAUUUGCAAAGCAUAAGAGCCCGAAAAAAACGAAGAAAAGGAAAAAAUGGGUCUCGCCGGUGAUUGAAACCGCGAUGAAGUUUUUGCACAACACGACAGGGGAUGGUGGGGAUGCUGACGGGCUGAAUGUUGGCGAUAAUAACAGGGAUCCUCAUGACAAGGCAGGAGCAACUGGGACAAACAACAAAGAUAGGGAUAGCCAGAACAAUGGGUCGUUACUUGUGAGCAAAAUGAAUGCCGCCCCCGGUGGUAGUUCUACUACGAAUAACACAUCAGCAGCAGCAGAGGUCGCACCUCUGGGGCAGAAAAAGGAAGAUCUGCUUGAAGCACUUCUGGAACAGGCCAACCGCGGGCCGGGAAUGCCGGUGAAUCUGAAUGCAACUGGGGCACCACCGGCAGCAACUUCAUCAAAUAACGCAGGGGCGCCGGGGGCCACUACAACCACUUCUUCGAGCAAAUCAGCUGCUGCGUCGAACGCGCUCGCGGUAGCCAACGGCAUUGUGGAACAGCUGGACGGGUUGCUGAGUGUGUUUAGUCUGAAGGAAAAUAACCAGAACAUCAGGGGAACAACUACGUCUGCUGACGACAACAACAUCAAUACAACAACUUCAGCGACCACUGCUGCAGAAGACGAGCAAAGUGCAGCAGUAGAAGUAGCCAAGAAAUCGCCAGACACGACGACCUCCGCAACAUCCGCCUCUGCAGGAGCGUCAACCUACGAAAACUACCUGAAACAGGCCCCGACGACUGUCCAAAUUGUCAAUGUAGAGUUCCCAUUUGCGCAGCAAGCACCGGCGGUCAAUGUCGCGGCCGCGACGGGGGGGAGUAGCAUUGCAGUGUCGAAUUUUAAUAGCGGUAAUCAUGUGCCAACAGCUAGUCUUCACACGACAACUUCGAAAGUAAGAUCCUCGUCCAAAAGCACAUCGCCCGAAGACAACACUGUUACAACAUCAAGAAAAACAAGCAAGAACAAGCAAUCCGUCGACCAGGCAAUCGACAUGGCGAACAAGAUCGCGAGGGAUUUGUUGCUAGAGACGAAUACGUAUCAAAUGCAAAUAUGUUUGUGUCCUCCGGAAAUUUGUGAUGCUAAAAUGCGACUUUGAAAAGGCCUUUGGAAUUUAUUCCCAUACAUAAAUACACAUUUACAAGCGCUUAAGUAGCAAUACUAAGUUUUCCGAUUUAGCUUUUCCUUCAAGUUUACGUUACGAGGUAGCUUAGCAUAUACUGGUUUUAGUAGGCCUCUGAACAGCAAAGGGACGAACUGCCCGUAGACCUCCGAUGUGAUGCUAAAAUGCGACUGGUGGGCGCACUGCAAUACGCAGUGAAGCAUGGCAAAUUUUUGAGCUGCUCUUGUGUUUCGUUUUCCGCAUGACAAACUGCGUUUCUGCAUGACAGACAAGAGGCCUUUUUCUUGCUCCUGCAUUACAGAUUUAUCAGUCAUGCCAGACAAGCAUGACAAACUUGCAUUCUUCCAGAAGACCCCGACAUAUUUGCACUUGAUAAUACGAGCAGCAACUCAGCGAACAACUCCGUCGCGGAACAACAGCAGUCCUCGGUGUCUUUAUCUCUUUCCGGUGUCGUGGAGCAGGUGAUCUGUGAACAGGAAACAUCGGGCGCAAUUAGCGGCACUACAGGUGGUAGUUCGAACGCCAGCUCGAAACGAGUUACGCCGCAGAAUGCCGCUGGACCGCAAAACCUCUCCACGUCUGGCACAACCACGGUCGUGUCUAGUACCGGUGGGCUGCAGCAACAUGCAACAACAGUAAACGGAACCAAACCUCCCGCCAGUAGAUCCCUCAGUCUGACGUCUCUCGUCUCUGGCGCUGGCGGUCCGCCCGGAGGUCCUAGUACUAGCUCGUCGAACAGUAACUCUCAGCACGAGCAGCAGCAAUUAGAAGCUUCAACCCACCACCAGUCUUGGUAUGCGAAGUCUUCCGCGCCACUAAUCGAGCAGCGGGAAAGGGCGGCGCAAAUGCAAGCCAAUUUGAAUCACCACCAACGAGAGGCUUUAGGAGGUAGCACAGGAACAGGUGGAUACUACACGCAAAGUUCCAGCGCUUUGACCAAUUUGACGAGUAGCAAGAUAGUACACAGUGCUAGUACUUCCUUGAACGAUCUUCAUCAUAGUAGUAUGUAGUGAGGUCACCGAACGGUUCUAACCGGGGAGUUUUUUUGCCAGCCAGACAGCAAAACGGCCGUCAGUUUUCAAGCGGGCGGAAGUGUUUUUUGACAUAAAAAGUUUUUAAUUAUCAAGCGGCUCUGGCUGUGUCGGCACCGAAUCGCCAGCGGAUUCUAUCGAUCGCCGCUGGGUAAAACGACGCAGGGGAGCCGGCAAAAGGGGCGCCCUUCUGAGGCGCCCACCGCCUUGGUUUCUGGCGGUUUGGGGCGCCCAAAAAGCAGCGCGAAAAAAACGCGCCCAAAAUCAAAACGGCCGCGAUUUCGGAUCAGAAACAGCAUGGCACGGCCGCGAUUUCGGAGCAUUUUGGGCGGCCGCGAAAGCGGCAGCCUUUUCGCCGGUUUCAGAGCCUGGGAAGCUUUACAAAAAGCGCCGGCGUGAAAAAUAGAAACGCGAAAAAGAAAAAGCGCCCCAGACGCGCAAAGCCAAUCCGCAUGCUAUGGGCCCGAUUUUUCUUCGCUUUUUGGGCGCCCCCCGUGGCGCCCGGAUCGGCUCCAUAGCAUGGGGGCUGGCUUUCGGGAAGGAAUUUCGGAGAUUUGCCAAAAUUUGCGACGUUUAUGGAGCGGCCGCCAUACCGUGCUGCCUAACGUUACUCACGGCGGUAUGGCGGCCCCAGAAACAGCAAAGCCGCGGCCAAGGCGACGCCCGGCAAGAAAACGCCCACGACCUCACUACCUCCGCCCCGGCGGCUAUAUUUGGCACUCACACGACGUUUAUCAAAUGUAAAAAUGUCUGGGUCUGGAUGUCAUGCAGAUUUUACAUGACACAUGACGUCUGUAAUGCAGAACCUGGCAUCACAGAUUUUUACUGGGCUUUCUGAUGUCUAUCCCGCAUGAGAAAUACCCUCUCCAUGUAUCACAGACUGGAGUCCUCUUGGUGGUCAUGCAAUACAGAUUUUUGUAUCGUGCAGAGACAGCAUCAGAAGUUGCAAUCUUCCAGACCCAGACGUUUUUACAGUUGAUAACGUUGCGGACCAUGUGGUCGACCAUGGGCGCCGGCGCACAGCCACUUCCGCACGUCCGGCAGCCCGGGCAGCCGGUUUCGAAAUAUGCAAGAAAAAAGCUGUGUAAGUGUAAUUCUGUGAUGCAGAAAAUGCAAAACAGUUACGCCUGUCAUGCUCCACAAGCAUGGUAGGCUCGCUUCCUACGUGUUUUCCCGUCCUAUCUGCGCGUGACAAGUUUUUCCUGUCAUGACAGACAAACCUGUGAUGCUGUUUUUCCAAAAGACCUACACUAAGAACACAGUUUUUUUCUUGGAUACGAAACUCGUUUCCAACAGUACGGGGGCCAGUUGGUUACAGAUAUGGAUCGCAAAUAUGCCUCGGUCUGGACGGAUGCAACUUGUCAUGCUGUCUUUGUAUUCUAAAAAAAUAUGUAUUGCAUGACCAGCAAGUAAAGGAGUCCAGCUUGUUGUGCUACGCGGACGAGACGAGGGCAUUUCUCAUGCCGGAUAGGCAUCACCAGGAAGCCUUCCAAAAAUCUGUGAUGCUAUAGUAAUGUACUACAGGCGUCAUGGGUCAUGCAAAGCAUGCAUCACGAACCUGGUGGUAAUCUUCCGGACCCAGACAACAUACAUGCAUUUGAUAACAGACCGCGCAACACGAUGACGGCAUGCUGUUGAGCGCGUUGCGCAGGGCUUUAACGGGGAGCGGAAUCGACGGAAAUGGGGAGAGCAAUUAUCCUGAGAAAAUGUUUCACUGUGAACUUGUGAUGCAGAAAAUGGAACACAGAACUCUUUGUCUUGCUACACCUGCAAGGCAUUGGAUUUGCAAGCGUGUUUUCCCUUGGAAAGCGCGCAUGACAAAUUUGCAGUGUCAUGUGUAGCAAACUUGUGAUGCAGAUCUUGCAAAGUCAUCACAGUGAAGCAGUUUUUUCGUGGGAUAGCAAUGUUGGAACUACUUCUAAUGGGCAGAUGCUCAGCCAACACCUUCAUCAGCAAGGAGUUGUCUCGUCGCACAAUUAUCAACCAGGAGGUAGUGCAACUAGUCUUGGUCCACCUCAUCAGCACCAUCAACCCGGUUCUGUUUCGACCAACGCCGCACGCACGGGGCGGCUGUUUCACCAACAUUCUGGCUUGGCGCAGUCCGGCCACGUGUCUGUUCAUCCACAUGCCGUUCUAGCGCACCAGAUUAUGGAUUGCAAAAGUGCUUUUAGUGGUAAUUGCAUUGCAAAUUGGUUUAGCAUGACGAAGUGGAGUCUGUCAUGCUGUUUUGACUUGGGAUGGAGAUUUGUAAUGCGUUAUGACUGCGAUUACAACUACGAUACGUUUGCGCAGGAUACAGAUGCAACAGGUACAACAUCAGGUCGCCGGGGCGCAUAUCAAAUGCGAAUACGUGUUGGUCUGGAAAGGUGGAACUUGUAGUGCGUGUCUCGCAUUCCUCGAAAUCAAUCUGUGUUGCAUGAGCAGCAAAAUAUUGACAAUUGGAAUUGCGAGUGUGGCAAUCAUGCGCAAUUCUACUUUACCAUCACGAUAGGUUUCGUCAAAACCCGGACAACAUAUUUGCAUUUGAUAGCGCACCAGCACCAGCAUCAUCCGGCACAUCAUGCUGUUCAUCCUCACGCUCAGAUGACUACGACAAGAUCCGCUCUGCAGACGAAUCUUAAUGCUACCAUUGGUAGUAGCACGACGGGGCUGAGUAACAGUGGGCGGAUGAUUGUGAAUCACACAAACUCAUCCCCGAGGAACCCGAAUCGGGCUGUGAUGCAGCAUAUGCAUUGCAAAAGCAUCGUACUAGUAUAAAUUGCAUUACAAAUUGACUUAGCAGUACAGAUUAAAUUUGUAAUGCGGAUUUGCCUUGAGAAAAAGACUGCACAAACGCAAUCAGUGCGAGUACGAUACUUUUGCACUGUAUACAGCAGAAAACUUGGUACAACUCGUCCCCGAGAGCAGCGCCGGGGGGCGGUGCGACUGCUGGUGGAACUACGACAGGACCGAAUCACAGUGUCGGUGCUGGUACUGGAAAAGAACUUUUUAAAUGA